CGCCUACUUUAACAUGCGCAUGAUGUCCCCCAAGUUAGCCCUGCUGUUUUGUUGUUGUCAAAGGUCAAAUUUGAAGCGUCGUAAUUUGAAAAUCAACGAAUGGUUCGUGAUGUGGUAGAGCGUCAUGGAUUUACGAAGUGCUUCACUAAAUGCAAAUGGCCACAGUUACCAUGGAAGAGGCCAGACAAGUGGAAGAGAUGGAGGCUUCAAAGAGCCAUACCACAGUACCCCUAAAGCCAAAGCUUUGACAAUGACAAAUUCCAAUAUUUCUUCGAGCGCCAUUGGCAGUCUUGGGACACCUUUUGAUGUUCAGCCCUCUCCACUUUUGAGGCGAAGUGGAUCAAGUCCUGGCACUGGUAGAAUUAGCUCAUCACACAGUCAUGCUACUUCGUCAUCAAGAGUUUAUAAGUCUUCCACAAAACAUAAUUACGUCUCAGACAUUGAAGUGAGUACAGUGCAAAAGCAACGGAAAGAACUACAAUUGAUGAUUAGUGAGUUGCAAGAUAGAGACCGUGAACUGAAUGAAAUGGUAGCAUCCCACCAAAAGCAGCUAAUGGCCUGGGAACAAGACAGGCAGAGAGUACUGACAUUGGAACAAAAAUGCACAAGACUUGAAGGAGAUUUACGCAACAAGAACGGACAGGUUAAAGGACUAACAACUCGUCUUAAAGUACUUGAAUCCCAGGAUCACUCCAAAACCUGUGCUCUAGAGACAACUCAAAAACAACUUGAACAGAUGUCUGAAAAAGCUAGUAAUACUUCCAUGACAAUACAGGAUUUAGAGGAUAAAAACAAAGACCUGUAUGAGGCUGUUCAGGAUUUCUCUGGUAGAAUUGGACAACUUGAAGCCAAGGAAGAGGAGUUAACAACAGUAAUAAAACUCAAGGAUAAGGACCUCAUUGAAGUGUCUUCGCAUCUGAAUGAGCUUACAGGCAAACUAAAGAAAUUAGAUGCAGCAUACAAGCAACUACGACAGUCGGAAGGAGAUGCUAAACAGGAUGUGGAGCUCUGGAAGGGAAAGUAUAUUGAAGCAAAUGCGGAAAAGGAGAAACUUAAAGAACAACUCAGAGAGCAAAUGCAGUUAAAUGAAGGACAAACAACAGAGAUGAACAAUUUAAAGGAAGAAUGUGAGGCUAUGAAAAGAGAGAUAGCCUUGACAGUUGAACGAGACAAACGCAAGGAUCAGUUGUUAGAGUUACAACGAUCUAAACAGGAACGCACCGACUCGGAACUUACUAACUUACGACAAAUUUACGAGCGACAACAAAGGGAUGUUGCACUCUUGCAACUAAACCUGGAUAGCAAACAAGAACUACUUAACCAACAAAGUUACAGUUACAGAAUGUCUCCGCACAAAGAUAACACCUCAUCACACUCUUUAUCUACCUCUCCAAGCAAAUCAAAACCCUCACCUAGAUUAUCGAAUGGUAAGCACACCAGCCCCAUUAGUAGCAGCCUACAAAGUACUCCAGAGAAGCCAAACAGUAGUGGUGAUACAGACGACUUGCUUUCUGUGCAUGCUGAGCUGAAUGGAUCUCCAACAAGUAAACUUCAUAGGCUGCUAACGGAGUCUAGGCAAAUGGUGGAGAGUCUUGAGCAGACGACCUUACCCCCUUAUUUCCCAUCCAGAAAGAGUAUUAGCCCAAGUCGAACUGAAUCUGACUGAAUCAUUUGUGAAUUGCUGAAUGGUUAGUGUUGAGUAUGGGGGC